AUGGACCACAACGAAACGCUUUCACAUAUGAUGCCCGAUGGCAGGACCCCUGGGCCAGAAGGUACUCACCAAGCUACCAGGGAAGAGCAACGAUGUUGUUCGAGUAGCUCAGGCACUUAUGACGCGGGCAGGACAAAUCCAUCUGGACUCCAGCCUGCUGAUGCAGUCUCAAGCGAAAGGACCCGUCUGCGCUUAUCAAGAACUCAUAAUAUUGGGACAUGGAAUGUUCGUGGUAUGAGCACGGGCAAACUGGAAAUUGUAAAAAACGAAAUGCAACGGCUCAACGUCGACUUGUUAGGCAUCAGUGAACUUCACUGGACAGGAAACGGCUAUUUCAACAGCGACAACUAUACCGUUUUCUAUUCCGGCAAUGAUAAAAUCAGGCGAAAUGGAGUAGCAUUCAUCGCAAACAAGGCAGUCACCAAAGCCGUCCGGGGUUUCAAUGCAGUCAACGACAGGAUCAUAUCCAUACGCAUCGAUGGGAAACCUUGCUCGACUACAAUUUUGCAAGCUUAUGCGCCCACAACUGACGCGGUGGAAAAGGACGUUGAAAACUUCUUCACUGAUCUCCAACAAGCAAUCGAUCAGAUCCCCGCUAAGGACGUCAUUUUCAUAACUGGUGACUUUAAUGCAAAAGUCGGCUCCAGAGAAGAUCUACCAGUCGUUGGCAAAUUCGGCUUGGGAAAGCGGAAUGAUGCAGGCGACCGUCUGGUCCAAUGCUGCACGGAAAACCGCUUAUCGAUCAUGAACACAUGGUUUGAACAACCGAAGCGUCGUUUAUACACAUGGACGGCACCAAACGGUGUGAAUAGAAAUCAAAUCGACUACUUUCUGUGUCAACAGCGAUGGAAAAGCUCAAUAUUGGCCAUAAAAACAUCUCCUGGAGCAGAUUGCGGCUCCGAUCACCAACUCCUGGUCGCAAAAAUUAAACUCCGUUUCAGCAACAUCAAAAGGCCUGCAGCAACACGUCGCCUUGAUACAGAUAACAUUCCUCCACGUUAUGCCGUUGAAGUUAAGAACAGAUUCGAAGUGCUCAGCACUAUUGGAAAAGACUCUGGGAGGAAAUCAAAGCCAUCACUCGAGAUACAGCGGAACAAAUCAUCCCUUUUAAAAAAACAGGGAAAAGACCCCAAUGGUUAUCAGAUGAAUCCAUCAGAAUCGCCAACAAGCGCUGAGAAGCCAAAGCUGCUGGUAACAACAUCGAAUUCAGACGGCUAA